GUCAUGUCCUUUCAGCCUGCCUGCCCUUCUUCCUGUGACAUAUCUCCCGCCUGCCCUGCUGCUAUAUCACUGUUCAUCCUGCCUUCAGAACCAGCACCUGUAUGCUAUCACCUUCCUGCUGCAUUGACACUCAAAUCUUAAAAUCUUAAAAUUUGAACUCUGUAAAUUAGGAUUUUGUUAUCUUGUUCAUUUGACUUCCUCUGCCAGCCCCUGGAGGAGGGGUUGAGUUGAGUCUGGGGUUGAGUCUGAUUCCUCCCAAGGUUUCUUCCUUCUAUGGAGUUUUUAACCCCUGGCUUGCUCACUGUAUAGAAGGAUUUUUGCUGUUUACCUAUCAUAAAAUAGGCCAUUUGUGGAUUAUUGGGAGCUCCAUACCAGACAACAAAGUAACAGUUUAUGUAUUCUGGUCAGUAUCAAUCAAAAUAUUGAGUGUAUUGAACCAUUAUCCAAAUCAUUCCUAGUGCCUCAUCAAGCAAGGCUGGACAAACUUAAAAGAUGAGACCUUUUUCUCACUGUUUGGUUCCCCCCUACACACUUCAAAAAUUUCUCCUGCACACCUGCCUGUGAGAUCAGACCAGAUGGGCUAGCCUAUGCUCUCCAUGCGCAUCAGUGAACCAUAGACACCUGUAUUUAAAUGCUAGGAGUAUUAGAAACAAAAUUCAUGAUUUAAAGGCUUUAAUUUCAUAUGACAGUUACGACAGAGACCUGCCAUUGUGGAGAUGCUCUCAUCCAGUUAUCAAGCCAUCACAAUUUGGCCCUUAUAGAAGUUGUUCAGAUCCUUACACUUGCCCGUUGUUUCUCCAACACAUCAACUUCAAGAACUGACUGUUCACUAAAAUGUAAUGGCACCCUUCACAGUUGCCAUUCAAACAAUAUCAAUGUUAUUCACACCACCUGUCUAUGGUUUUAAUGUUAUGGCUGAUCGGUGUAGUGUUACAUAGUUCUGUGUGCCCUCCAAUCGUGUACGGUCAUGUUACACUCAAUACUAUAAUGUUUAUAAUUAUCAUAAACUUUUACAAGUGUUUUCCGUCAAAUACUGACAAACUGUAAUGUCUUCUAUGUUCUAUGCAGUUUUGUAUAAUAUUACUUAAGAUUUUCCCUAUCGAACGUUUUAUAGUAGUAUUGCAUCGUUAAAAAAAAAAAAACUAAAUUCUAAACUCCUCCUGCUCCCUGCUACCUCCCCGCCUUAAAGGCAAUCGCCCUUCCCAGAGUAUCCCCUUGCAAAACAGUGUGAUGGGAGCCCAUUUAGAAGCGCUAGGUUUUUGUGGUGGACGCACGCCAGAUUACAAGCUUGAGUGGUGGACGAUCAGUGGUGCUGGCUUCUAAGGGUUUGUUUUAUAUGCGCAAAAAAAAUUAUGCAGCUGUCGUGGAAGACAGACGUAAGAGUUGUGGUGGUUAACAUUUUAUAUUUCCAGUUUUCUUAAAUUUCAAAGAAAGUAUUCUGGAGAUGUCCGACUUCAACCACCUCAAUAAGAGUCGAUCAAGCGGCCGUGGCCCUGAAUAUGUAUGGGAAUAUGAAUAUUAUGAUGACGAAGAGCCGGUGUCUUUUGAGGGGCUUAAAGCGCACAGAUAUUCUGUUGUGAUAGGCUUCUGGGUUGGCCUGGCAGUGUUUGUCAUCUUUAUGUUCUUCGUUCUAACCCUACUGACGAAGACAGGAGCACCACAUCAAGAGAACCUGGAGGCUUGUGACAAGCAUCCUGGUCUUACCAGCUGUGUGGUGGACAUAAGCCAUGAUCAGGGUUCUGGCAGCAAGGUGUGCUCUCACUCCCUGAUGGAGGAGUCCCACUCCAUCUUCCGCUGCUCCAUCAAUGAGGAGGAGCAGUGUGAGCCUGUGGCUGGUCACCAGGGAUACCAAGGCCGACUUAGUGUCAGGACCUCCUCAGACGUUCAGGGGGAGCCCAUGGGCCUCAGGAAGGACAGAGAAGCUAACUUUCUGCAACACUUCAACAUCCCAAACUUCGUUAACUCUGAACACAGCUCUGUGCUGGGUGAUGAUGACCUGCUGCUUUGUGAGCAGCCAAUUAUUAUGGACAGUGAGACCAGGUGCAACAGUAAACUUGACAUCAUCAGCUGAAAUCUGUGGCCUGCCAUAUCGAUGUUGCUAGAUGAGCUUCAUUUGUAUUCUCAAAAUCACACUGCUCCAGUAUAUAGUAAAAAUCAGUACGCAAAAGCAUUGUACAUUAGUCAUGGUACAUGCAAUGACUAGCAUAUACUUUCAGCUACCCGUUUUGCCAUUUCAUUUGAUAUUGCAAGUUUGACCUAGUAAAAUAUGUAGUAAUUAGUAUUUUUUCUAAACUACUUUCUUAAAAAUAACAUAAAACUAAUCCAUUUGCAGCAUUGUUAAUAUACUGCAGCAAAAUAAAAUUAAUGCACAAAACUAUCCUGA